AAGUCAUCAUGAACAUCGGUUACUAUUCGUGGUAUUAACCAUAUCACUUUGACUGACUAGUCGUCAUGGAUACCAAGGGAAACAAAAAGUUGGGGCCUUUAAGUGUCUUCAUGAAGUUACAACGAAAGCGAUCCGAUGUGUACCAAAUUGCAGCAAAGCCGGUGUCCUCUACGAGUCGUCUUAAAACUUUCCUUAUUGUUGCAACUGUCAGCACAGACAUAUGUCUCGUUGUAGCAAUAUCGGUUGCCAUGGCGUUGACCAUAAAUUCCCCGGAUAUGGUUAACAAGAAUAACCCACCACUGGGAAAAUUAGGUAAAACAAUAGCAUCAACAAUGUCGACUACAGCAAGUCCCGCUACGACCACAGCAAGUCCCACUACGACCACAGCAAGUCCCGCUACGGUUACAGCAAGUCCCGCUACGACCACAGCAAGUCCCGCUACGUCCACAGCAAGUUCCGCUACGAUGACAGCAAGUCCCACUACGUCCACAGCAAGUCCCGCUACGGUUACAGCAAGUCCCACUACGACCACAGCAAGUCCCACUACGACCACAGCAAGUCCCGCUACGGUUACAGCAAGUCCCGCUACGGCCACAGCAAGUCCCACUACGACCAUAGCAAGUCCCAUUACGACCCCCGCUACGUCCACAGCAAGUUCCGCUACGACCACAGCAAGUUCCACUACAACAGGUCCUCCACUCUCAAGCAGUACUCAGAAUACAGGUGGAGGUGUCGAAACAACAGCCGUCAGUACUUCUGGAUUAGAGACAACCACACCGGCAACAGCACCUGGAACAUGGAAUAAUUGGGGAUCGUGGACGUCAUGUGGAGCCAUUUGUGGCACCGGAUAUCACACCAGAUACAGAACGUGUCUUCGAACAUCGGCGAGUGACCCGAUCUGUCAGGGCGAAUAUGUGGAGACGACAACAUGUUCAGUGGCAAUUUGUCCAGUGUACGGAGUAUGGACAACUUGGUCAGGCUGGGUAGUUUGUGACGUCACUUGUGGAGGAGGUACACAGUUAAGGACGAGAGUUUGUCAGAAGUCAUCCUCCUCAGACCUUGACUGUGUUGGAAGUCCGUCACAGUCUCAGACAUGCAACACGUGGGGCUGUCCAGAUUGUUCUCAGACUUGUACUACUGGUGUCCUAAACGCCGAUUGUACAGCAUGUGAAUGUACGUCAAACACUGUGCAGGGAAUUGUACGUAACCAUGUUAACGUCCCCUUACACGAGGCUUCAAUUGCACACGCUAGCGUUCCAUACAAGACGUUAGCAACAACCAGUGAAACUGGUGGCUUUGUGUUGGACACGACAUGUGAGGCUGUAGAAGUUGUCGUCACCAAGGCUGGCUACGCUGACGUCACUGUUGUAGUAACAGGCACUACGGUCACUAUAAAAAUGUCCCUUACAGAGUACCCUGCCAUCAGUUUGAAUCCAAAGUCACGUGUCCGUGUCCAGGGAGAAAAUGUCACGUUUUGUUGUGAAGCGUACGGAAACCCUGCUAUCACCAGUUAUGAAUGGAUGAAGGACGGUGUUUUGAUUGACGAUACAAAGUACCUGGAUGGAUACAACUUGACACUGAAUGACGUCACUAUAAACGACAGUGGCGAGUACAAGUGUCGCGCUAACAGUCCCGUGGGAGCUGUGUACUCAGCGUCAGGCCUGCUGACCGUAAAAUCAACAAAAGCCGAGUUUUGCGAAGAUGCAUAUAAAGAGAGAAAGAUUAGUCUUCCGUCCGACUGUGUUCAGGCUGACAACACAAAUCUGUAUGAAGUUGGAGGAUGCGCCAAGAAGACAUGUCGCAGUUCUAACAAUGAAGAUGGAUUAUGUGGUCCUACCAAGAAAUUCUGCUGCAAACCUUCUUCAGAGGAAGAACGGACGAUUCAGUGCAGUGACUAUACUCUGCAGGUGAUCGUUGUAACUGGAUGUUCCUGUGGCGAAUGUUCGUCUGCUGAUAUCAGAGUACAAGGUCAGGUCAAUGGACUCAAUACUGGUGUCGCGUUGCGUCUCGGUACGAUAUAUGUGAAUGGAGCAUCUGUAGCCAGGACCACAUCUUCUGGUGUGUUUUCGUUCACUUUACCCACCGGUACUUUAAGCGUAGCUCUAACGAUAGAAGACACUAUCUUCAAAACCUUGCUGACUACCACAAGACUUCUUACAUUCGAUGAAUCAAUGGAAGGAGCAGUUGACCAGAAAAUUACGUUGAUGGAAGCUGCGCCUCGUAUAUCCAUUGCAUCAGAUGUCAAAAAUACAUUAUCAAUGGGAAACAGCAGUGGUAUGCCUGCGAUAGCAGAGAUGACAAUACCUCCAAACUCCUACGUGGACGCGUCCGGAAACCUUUACAACGGAGUGGUAAAAGCUAGUGUAAACAUUUUUGAUCCAAGAAACCUCAGCAGUAUUUCAACUGCGCCCGGAUCAUUCGAAUUCAUUGAUGCAGAGGGUGACAUACAGGAUCUUCAAACCUUUGGAGUUGUCGUUCUCGAUGUCCAAGACGAAUCUGGAAACAAAUUGAACGUGGCCGGAAACGUGACCAUCAAAUUGGACGCUGCCCUUGUUGAGAGUACGUAUUCUGGGAACGUUACAGAUGCGAAGCUUUGGGGACUCAAUACCGUGACAGGACAAUGGGAAGAGGUAGGAUCUAUGGUCGUAGAGACAUCAAAACGACGCAAAAGGCAAAUUGUUAGAAAGUAUCUCGUAGGACAGGUUUCCAUAAGUGCAUUCCAGGCUAUCAACCUAGACUGCUAUCGUGGAUUCAAUAGAUGUUACUUUAAAACGACGGUAACAGACACAAAUAAUAACCCAGUUAACGGCUACACUGUCCGAGUCAUGCAUAUGACUUACCCCGGGGAAAAGUAUGGAAGUGCUUCAGAGUACGUCACAGCGGUCAAGGAAAUGUCAAGCGACAGCGGUUCCAGUCAGUAUACAUUUUGUCGAAGUGACGCUUGGGGUUAUAUCCAAGCGUACAAAAGAGCAGAAGUAUAUAACCCUGGUGUUUCAAGUGCAAGUGGACUGUCAGCAACUGCUGGUUCCCGUCUGAACUACCAAACAACAACCAACCCCGUCCGCAUCAAAGCGAAGUUCCUGAUUUCCGAUGAUGGCCCUUUUAUUCACCGGAGUAGAUUAUCGUCCAUUAAAGAGACGCAAAAUCAGUUUCGGUUCUACCAAAGUUCUAGUGUGAAUUCUUACCCGGAAUUUACACUUAUUCCACUUUCUGUUGGUCCAACGGAAGCUUUCUCCAUGUCUAUCCCGGCAUACGCGGCCGAUCUAGGACCAAUGUUAUGGUAUCCGUACAAAAAUCCAACAACAUUGUCCGAAUUUCAAAUUUGUAUGAUAAAAAUAGCUGUUGAUGUACAAACAUCAGGUCUUUCCUUCUUGGUAAAAAGUAAAGCUGGCCCAAACAGUGGAAUAGCGGACACAAUCCUGGGAGUUCGUAAUGUCGCCGUAGAGAAUGGUGGAGCAUGUAUUGAAUAUAAGUGCAGUGGCCCUUUUCCUUUAUUCAAAAAUGUUUUGACAGGAACUUCACCUUACAAUCGACACGAUUAUACAAAAGUUACGAUAACUCCUGUCAAUCGAUUUUGUACCGUGUCAUGGGAAGGCGACAUCAAACUACACCCUCUCAACGCUGGAUUUAACAAUCUCGGAAGUGUUUCUCAUGAGUGGUUUAUUCCCAACACAGAGGAAUAUGGCAUCUAUAUGUACGAACAGACAGAAUCAUAUGAAACAAUAGACUGGGACGACACACGGCAGACGACCCUUAACAUGUGUAAGGAAGGCGUCAAAAGUCCGUCAGGUACAGUUAAUCCGAGUAUGAACGCAGUUGACCCGGCACUCAAGUUCACGUGUAAAUAAUUUGGUACGAAAUGCUUAAAUUUGUUUAUAACAACAAGAGAUUCCUCAUCAAAUCAAACGGAGUAAAACCUCGAUACAAUGUCCAUUAAUUGUUCCAACUACCACUUCGCUUCCCAAAAAUAUAAUAUGUCUCCUUUUUUGUUCUUUCUUACUAAUCAUUUGCACCUGUACCUAUGUUUAUCGCGUUACUCCAUUGUGCACCAAACAAGUUACUCUGGACAAGUGGUUAUUGUUUAAGAAGGUUUAAUUCUUGUAUUAAUACUGACUGAGAUGUUAUUGUAGAACGAGGUUUAACUGUUGUACUAAUAAAGACUGAGACAUGAUUGUAUAACGAAGUUUAACUGUUUUCUCAUACAGACUAAGGCAUUAUGGUAGAACGAAGUUUAACUGUUGUACUAAUAUAAUACAGACUGAGACAUGAUUGUAGAACAAAGUUAAACUGUUGUACUUAUACAGACUGAGACAUUAUUGUAUAGAGAGGUUUAACUGUUGUACAAAUAAAACUUGAGUCAUGAUUGUAUAACGAGGUUUAAAUGUUGUACUAAUAAAGACUGAGACAUGGUUGUAUAACGAAGUUUAACUGUUGUACUAAUAAGGAUUGAGACAUGAUUGUAUAACGAAGUUAAACCGUUGUAUUAAUAAAGACUGAGUCAUGAUUGUAUUACGAAGUUUAACUGUUGUACUAAUAAAGACUGAGUCAUGAUUGUAUAACGAAGUUUAACUGUUGUACUAAUAAAACCUGAGACAUGAUUGUAUAACGAAGUUUAACUGUUGUACUAAUAAAAACUGAGUCAUGAUUGUAUAACGAAGUUUAACUGUUGUACUAAUUAAGACUGAGUCAUGAUUGUAGAACGAGGUUUAACUGUUGUACUUAUAAGGACUGAGACAUGAUUGUAUAACGAAUUUUAACUGUUGUACUAAUAAAGACUGAGUCAUGAUUGUAUAACGAAGUUUAAUUGUUGUACGAAAAAAACCUGAGACAUGAUUGUAUAACGAAGUUUAACUGUUGUACUAAUAAAGACUGAGACAUGAUUGUAUAACGAAGUUUAACUGUUGUACUAAUAAAGACUGAGCCAUGAUUGUAGAACGAGGUUAAACUGUUGUACUAAUAAGGAACGAGACAUGGUUGUAUAACGACGUUUAACUGUUGUACUAAAAAAACCUGAGUGAUGAUUGUAUAACGAAGUUUAACUGUUGUACUAAUAAAGACUGAGACAUGAUUGUAUAACGAAGUUUAACUGUUGUACUAAAAAAACCUGUUUGAUGAUUGUAUAACGAAGUUUAACUGUUGUACUAAUAAAGACUGAGCCAUGAUUGUAGAACGAGGUUAAACUGUUGUACUAAUAAGGAACGAGACAUGGUUGUAUAACGACGUUUAACUGUUGUACUAAAAAAACCUGAGUGAUGAUUGUAUAACGAAGUUUAACUGUUGUACUAAAAAACCCUGAGUCAUGAUUGUAUAACGAAGUUUAACUGUUGUACUAAUAAAGACUGAGACAUGGUUGUAUAACGAGGUUUAACUGUUGUACUAAUAAAGACUGAGUCC